UUUUUUCUUUUCCAUGUUAGGCAUACAUAUCACGACACCUUACCUGUCAUUGGAGAUUUCUUAUUCCAUAGCAACCAAUAAGCAAGCGUGAAACAUGAGGACAAAUCCCGCCAUUCAAGCUGCCAUCGACCUCACAGCAGGUGCAGCAGGUGGGACUGCAUGUGUGCUAACUGGCCAGCCCUUUGAUACAGCUAAGGUGAAGAUGCAGACAUUUCCCAGCAUGUAUAAAGGACUCAUUGAAUGUAUUGUGAAGACAUAUAAACAAGUUGGAUUGCGAGGCUUCUAUAAAGGGACCACUCCAGCACUUGUAGCCAACAUAGCAGAAAACUCAGUCCUGUUCAUGUGCUAUGGGUUUUGCCAGCAGAUUGUGAAGGGAGUUGUUGGAUUAGACAGGAAAGCAAAACUGAGUGAUCUUCAGAAUGCAGCUGCAGGCUCUUUUGCUUCUGCAUUUGCUGCCUUGGUCCUAUGUCCCACAGAGCUGGUGAAGUGUCGGUUGCAGACCAUGCAUGAAAUGCAAUUAUCUGGAAAGAUAAUACAAGGACACAAUACAGUUUGGUCAGUAGUGAAAAGUGUUAUUCAAAAGGAUGGCCCACUCGGGUUCUACCAUGGUCUGUCAAGCACUUUACUUCGGGAAGUCCCAGGUUAUUUCUUCUUCUUUGGAGGCUAUGAACUGAGUCGGACAUUUUUUGCAGCGGAGAGACCAAAAGAUCAACUAGGGCCUAUUCCUUUGAUGGUGAGUGGUGGUUUUGGAGGCAUCUGCUUGUGGAUUGCUGUUUAUCCUGUGGACUGUGUCAAAUCUAGAAUUCAGGUUCUUUCCAUGUCUGGAAAACAGGCAGGCUUCAUGGGAACAUUUGCAAAUAUUUUGCGAAAUGAAGGAGUAUUUGCCUUGUAUUCUGGACUAAAGCCUACUUUGAUUCGUGCAUUCCCAGCCAAUGGUGCACUGUUCCUUGCCUAUGAGUACAGCCGCAAGAUGAUGAUGGAACAGGUUGACACGUACUGAAAUCUUCCAGCAGCAGGUUUAGGUCAACCUUUUUAAAAAGAACUGUAGGGCUUGAAUGGGUACAAAAUCAAUAGCAUGACAUCAGAGAAAGUCAGUCAAUUUAGGAUUUAAAAAAAAAUCUUUUUAAAGUAAAUGGA